CUUCCCAUCGUGGUACAACUUCCAUAUCAUAUGAGUGAAGUGUUAGGUUUAGGUGUUUCGUAAUUAAGAUUUCGUUAGUAACACUCGAUCGUCACAUAGCUAGUUUAUUAGCCUUCAAAAUGCCACCAAAGAAAAAAGAUACUGGUCCAAGCAAAAAGACAGUGGAGAAAAAGAAAGAACGUGUUAUUGAGAUUUGAGGACACGUGCAUCGAUGUGCAACUUCAAGGAAACUGACAGGAUGCUACGAGACAAGAUCGUUUUCAGCGUAACUGGUAAGCUACAAGAACUGUUACUACGUGAAGAGAAAUUGACACUUGACAGAGCUAUCACGAUAUGUAGAGCGUUUGAACGGUCUAACAAACAUGUGAAGGAAAUUCGUGAUGCUACUUCCGGUGCACAGAGGGUAAAUAAAGUUGGCCCUAGGCCUAGGCCCUAGCCCUAGGCCUGCUAAAGAGAAACAUCAGAAUGCACACAGAACACCGGAAAGGUAAUAGGCCUGCAGACAAAUCGAACAUAAUUAACUGUGAUUUUUGUGGCUAUGACCACGAGAGAGGGAGAGAGAAGUGUCCGGCUUGGGGACAAAUAUGUGACAAAUGUAAGGGGAGAAACCACUUCAGGAAAAAGUGUAAGAGGAGGGUACAUGCUGUAGCCCAAUCCCCUGAAUAUGAUGAGGAACAUGAUGAAGCGUGGUUGAUGGCGUUCAAGAACAAGAAGGAACAUGUUGCAGCAACCAUGCUAGUGAAUGACAAUAAAGUGAAGUUCCAAUUAGACAGUGCGGCGGACGUCAACACGAUUUGUCAGAAGCAUGUGAGAAAAGACCAAGUCGGCCCAACCAAAAUUCAGUUGAACAUGUGGAACAAGACUAAGGUGAAACCUCGUGGACAAUGUACUCUGAAAGUCAAGAACUGUCGCACGAACGAAGAAUCAGAUGUCGUUUUCAUCGUGGUUCCAAAUGGACUGACCAAUCUGCUUGGUUUGAAGACCAUUCAGGAUCUUGGUUUUGUGACCAUAAAUGAAGAUUGUUUCAUCUCUCAGGUCAAAACUCCACAACUUGGUGAUAUAGGGGAAGCCACCCUGACCAUCGACAAGACAGUACCCUCGAAAGUACUCCCAUGUCGGAAGAUACCUAUCGCUAUAGAGGAGCCGGUGAAGGAGGAGCUAAACAGACUAGUCGACAAAGGUGUUUUAGUUCCAGUGACUGAACCCAGUGAGUGGGUAAGUCAGAUGGCCGUUGUGCACAAGUCUAACGGAAAACUGCGUUUGUGCAUAGACCCCCAGCCAUUGAACACCGCCCUGAAGCGUGAACAUUACCGACUAUCUGUUCUUGACGACGUCCUGCCAAAGCUGAAAAACGCACGUGUGUUCAGCAAGUUAGACAUACAGGAAGCAUACUGGCAUGUUCGACUAGACGAUGCAUCGAGCAUUCUCACAACAAUGAUCACACCAUUUGGUCGCUAUAGAUGGACCAGACUACCUUUUGGAUUGAAGGUAUCUUCAGAAAUCUUCCAACGGAAAUUGGAUGAAGCCUUGGGUGAUCUAGACGGUGUGUUCAGCAUUGUGGAUGACAUCAUUAUCGCCGGAUGUGGUCGAAGCCAAGAAGAAGCGGAGCGUGACAACAAGAGAAAACUGGAGAAAGUCUUGCAGAGGUGUGCAGAACAGCACAUACUCCUGAACCCAGACAAGCAACAGACGGGCCUCAGAGAAAUUGUGUUCCAUGGACAUCGAAUCACCAGUGAAGGUGUAAAAGUAGACGAGUCGAAGGUACAAGCAGUGCGUGACAUGCCUGCACCGACUGACAUUGCGGGUGUUAGACGUCUGUGUGGGAUGGCCCAAUAUAUGUCCCGGUUCGUCCCAGAUUUGGCCGGAACACUUGAGCCACUCAGAGCCCUGACACGGAAAGGCACAGAGUUCAUCUGGUCGCCAGAGUGUGUGAACGCAUUUACAACUCUGACAAGAAGCCUGACCGAAGCUCCAUGCUUGGCAUACUUUGAUGUAUCUAAAGAAGUAGUGAUACAAGUGGACAGUAGUCAACAUGGUCUUGGCGCUGUACUCUUGCAAGAUGGCCGUCCAAUAGAGUACGCAUCGCGUGCACUGACACCCAGUGAACAGAAGUGGGCACAAAUCGAGAAGGAAGCUUUGGCAGUUUUGUUUGGUCUGGAACGUUUUGACCAAUACACCUAUGGCAGACCAGUAAAGGUGGAGAAUGACCACAAGCCACUAGCCUCAAUCUUGAAGAAACCACUCAGCAUGGCGCCAAAGAGACUCCAAGAUAUCAUGAUGAGAUACAACCGAUAUGACGUCGAGUUUGUGUUCAUAAAAGGCGUGAACUUGGUAUUGGCAGACACACUCAGUCGAGCACACCUGGAUUCUCAACAGGGAAAUCAUGACGAUCGUCUACGCAUCAUGGCAGUGCAAGUGUUUGGCAAUAUACCUGAUGCACGUCUCGAGGAGAUUCGAGAAGCAACAAAUUCUGAUGACAGUUUACAAGUCAUCAUUGAGCUGAUACGUGAAGGAUGGCCAACUGAGAAGACGAACAUUCCUUCUUGUGCAUUACCAUAUUUUGACCUCCGUGAUUCACUAAGUUGUGUGGACGGAAUUAUAGUCAAAGGUGAAGCAAUUGUAAUCCCAUCAAAACUGAGACCGAGUAUAAAGGCGAGACUCCACAGCGCACAUUUGGGCUAUGACAGUAUGUUGAGACGAGCCCGUGGAACUGUAUACUGGCCAGGGAUGGCUGGUGACAUAAAACAAUUAGCUGACACAUGCGAAACAUGUCAAGAAGGAAAGCCGAGAAACUCGCGAGAACCAUUGCGACAGCAUGAAGAUGGAGAUGCCCCCUGGCAAAAGGUGGGAAUGGACUUAUUUGAAGUUCUAGGGAAACACUACUUAGUGGUCGUCGACUACUAUUCAGGUUUCAUAGAAGUUGAGCCAGUAGAAUCAAUGACAAGUGCCAGAAUUGUGAAGAUUCUAAAGAGACAAUUCGCAAGAUUUGGAAUACCACAGCUGAUUAUGUCAGAUGGUGGUCCGCAAUUUGUUAGUGCGGAAUUCAAACAUUUUGUCGAGACAUGGGGAAUCAGACACGAGACAUCGUCUCCCAUGCACCAAAGUGCCAACGGCAAAGCGGAAGCAGCCGUGAAGGUGAUGAAAAAUCUUCUCACGAAGACCCAAAAGGAUGGAGGAGAUCCGUAUGAAGCGAUACUGGAGCAACGUAAUACACCCCGUCAGGAUAUAUUGCUCAGCCCAGCAGAAAUGAUGUUUGGUCGGAAAACAAGAAGUUUUCUGCCAAGCAUAAACCGACAACCCACAGACAAAAGAAAGGUGGAAGAAAGACGACUCCUGAGAAAGAAGUCCGUAAAGAAACAUCAUGACGCGAAAGCGAAGAAACUCUCAACGUUGAACGUCAACGACACAGUAUUCUUCCAACACCUGGAAGGAAGCAUGCAGUGGAAACCCGGAAAGAUUGUGAAUUCCCCGUGGGUCCCAGGACGUACGAGGUGA